GAACACGGCAACCAGCGAGCGCAGCUGUUGGCCUGAUCGCCGAACGGCGAGCUUCCGGGGCGCAUAUAGCCGCGUAUUUCCACUGUAUACUUAGGUGGAGAUUUAGAGAUUUAGUACAUGUGCCGCGCAGUUCUGGCCUACUUGCGCAGCUGAUGCACCAUGCGGUAUGCUUCUUGGACUCGAACGUUCGUGAGAGCGGCUAAGACCGUUGAGCCAUCUUUGAAAUAGGCUUCAUUCGUGCAUAGGAGUGCACCCACACGUUUGCCAUGGUCGUUAUGGAUAAUAAAGGAGAGGCAGAAGAGCCUCCGAUAUUGCCUGCAAAGGAGUCUACUGAGGGACCUCCAUCAUACGAUACUGCGACUUCUGCACCUCAACUUCCGCGUACUCGAUCAUCGUCCUCAGCGUCUAACUCGUCAAGAUGCGACAGAAUUAAUCACUCAUCUCAUCCGAAGCUACCAAACAUACCCACAUCAAAUCUCGUUACAAUAAAGCGCAAAAACGCAUAUAUCAAAGGAACAUAUGUGAUUGAUGCUGCGUUGCAAAUUCCCAUUGAGGUGUUGACUGGCGAAGGCACAUCAGCAACUGGUGCCGCUGCGGAAUCGAUACCAGUUCCGCGGAAGAAUCUUUACCUAGAGACCUCGCACGGGAGUAUCUCAGCUGAUGUAUGGCUCGUGAGUGGUGAAUCUAGUGACGCACUCGGAGGAAGGACCGAGGUUGAAAUGAGGACUGAAAGCGGACAUGUCACGG